UUCUUGCUAGCAAUACUAGCCGGGAUGGAGAAUAGGAGGGUGGCCAUCGUCGGCGCCGGGGUGAGCGGCCUGGCGGCAUGCAAGCACCUGCUGGAGCGCGGCUGCCGGCCCAUCGUCUUCGAGGCCGACACGGGCCUCGGCGGCGUGUGGGCUCGCGCGCCGGAGUGCACGUCCCUGCAGACGCCGCGGCCCAUGUACCAGUACUCCGACUUCCCGUGGCCCGAGUCCGUGACGGAGGUGUUCCCGGACCACCGCCAGGUCAUGGACUACCUCGGCGCCUACGCGCGCCAUUUCGGGGUGCUCGACUGCGUGCGGUUCGGCCACCGGGUGCUCGGGAUGGAGUACGUCGGCGUCAGCGAGGAGAAGCUGGCGGGGUUCCAAGAGUGGGGCGGCAGCGGCGAGGCGUUCGGCUACGGCGAUGGCGAGUGGCGCCUCGAGGUGGCCGACGCUGAUGGACACGUGGAGACACACGAUGUAGAUUUUGUGGUACUCUGCAUCGGAAGGUUCAGUGGUGUGCCCAACAUACCCACUUUCCCUGCAGGGAGAGGUCCAGAAGCAUUUGAUGGACAAGUGAUCCACUCCAUGGACUAUUCCAAAAUGGGCAGCGAGAAAGCUAAGGAGAUGAUCAAGGGCAAGCGUGUGAUUGUAGUGGGAUACCUGAAAUCUGCACUUGACGUUGCUGCUGAGUGUGCAGAAACCAACGGUACUGAGCAACCAUGUACGAUGAUUGUCCGAACAAAACAUUGGAUCCUACCAGACUACUAUGCUUGGGGUGUCCACAUAUCAAAGCUGUACCUGAAUCGCUUCUCCGAACUCCUUAUUCACAAGCCCGGUGAAGGCAUGCUCCUUAGCCUCUUGGCUACCAUCCUGACUCCAUUGAGGUGGAUGUUUUCAAAGUUUGCUGAGAGCUACUAUGCCAUUCCAAUGAAGAAGCAUGACAUGGUGCCUGACCAUAGUCUUUUUGAGGCAUUAGUUACAUGCCUCAUCGCCAUUACGCCCAAGGAUCACUACAAGAGACUGGAGGAAGGUAGCAUUGUUCUGGAGAAGUCAAAGACUUUUAGCUUUUGCAAGGAAGGCGUGCUUCUUGAAGGACAAUCUUCUCCGAUAAAAAGUGACAUAGUGAUUUUUGGAACUGGGUUCAAGGGGGACCAAAAGAUCAAGGAUAUGUUCAAAUCAGAGUACUUUCAGAGUAUUGCAGUGGGGUCAACAUCCACAACUGUGCCUCUUUAUAGAGAGUGCAUACAUCCUAAGAUCCCGCAGCUUGCCGUCAUCGGUUAUUCAGAGAGCUUAGCAAAUCUUUACACAACAGAACUUCGUGUCAAGUGGUUGACACAUUUCUUGGAUGGUGGCUUUAGAUUACCAUCUAUAGAAGCAAUGCAAAAGGAUGUCCUUGAAUGGGAAAAAUUCAUGAAGCGCUAUUCCAGUCAGUACUUUCGUAGGUCCUGCAUUGGAAUUCUUAACAUUUGGUACAACGAUCAACUAUGCAAGGAUAUGGGAUGCAACCCGAGAAGGAAGAGUGGUUUUUUUGCGGAGUUAACUGAGGUGUAUGGUCCGGGAGAUUAUGCUAAUCUCCACCCCAAAUAAAAGUAUGUCUUGGGUUUGCAUUACUGUUACGGUUUGUUUAGUAAGAGGUGUUACCACUUGACAGAGCUACACGUUUGUGCUUGUCCAUGUAAAUCUUAUAAUUUGCAAUAACAAUACCAUUAUGUCCGGCCUUGUACCGUAUA